AUGGGCGAGCAAGACGACUCGAGAGCCGCCGCAUCUUUCGCAGACGAAAUGCAGAAACGAACCCGCAAAGAGCGUCGUUUUGACGACAUUGAAGCUGAGCUUCCCAACCCCCGAGUCCCGACUCUACAGUCGGCAUUUGUGACCGCCAGCGGCCUGCUGUCGCAUCUCGGCAGCUACAACCCGUGGGGCAAGCCCGUGACCGAAGACGAUAUUGUCUGGCUGCUCGACAAUACCGCGUAUAAGCCUUCUCGCCUUGGCAGCUGGCAGGCCGAGUUUGUCGCUGCCGUUUUUGAGAGGGAGCCCAAGUGCAAGGUCGUAGAUAUCGUACAGGGCAUCGCGCACAAGCUAGGAAUCGCCGACGAUGCGGAGGAGUUGAAUACAAUCGAGGAGAGGAUACUGCCGUUCCUCUGGGAUGUGCAGCCGUCGCGACAUCUUCGGGUUGUGAACCAGAAGAAGGAGCUUAAGCUGGGCCCAUCUGCAUCGAACGGCAUCACCACCGACACGAUCAAAAUCCACGAUCAGCCGUCUGGAUCGCUGGUUACGUCCAGCGCUAUGGUUCCGGAGGGCACAACGGGUUUGCUCAAGAUGCAGACAUUCUUUGCGGCGCCUGAGGGCUGGGCCAUCAUUUCUGAUGUUGACGACACUAUUAAGCUGACACAAACGAGCGACCCUAUUGGCAUUUUACGUGAGACGUUUGUUAAUGAGCCGACACCUAUCGAGGGCAUGCCGGAGCUAUACAGGAACAUCGAGGCGCUGUUGCCCAAAGAAUCACCGUGGUUCUAUCUCUCAGCAUCGCCGUACAACCUCUACCCGUUCCUCAGGGAGUUCCGCGACAGGUACUAUCCUCCAGGCACCAUCAUCCUGCGGGACUCGAGUUGGAAGACGGUUGCCGGUCUGCUGUCAGCACUAACUUUGGCGACCGAGGAGUACAAGGUGGACCGCAUGAGAAAGGUCCACACAUGGCUGCCGAAGCGAAAGAUGAUACUCAUCGGCGACUCGACGCAAUCUGACCCCGAGGCAUACGGUAAUAUGUAA